AUGAGUAGCGACAAGAGUGUAGAACAAGUCACCCAACAAGUGUCUGGACUGAAAACCGCCGAUGUCAAGGAACAAGUGGUCACACCUUGGGACGUGGAAGGUGGUGUUGAUGAACAAGGUAAGGCCCAGAACAUAGAUUACGAUAAAUUGAUCAAGAAGUUCGGUACCAAGCCAGUCAAUGAAGAAACCCUGAAAAGAUUUAAACAAGUGACAGGUCAUGAACCACAUCAUUUCAUGCGUAAGGGUCUGUUUUUCAGUGAGCGUGAUUUCACCAAGAUUUUGGAUCUUUACGAACAAGGGAAACCAUUUUUCUUAUAUACCGGUAGAGGUCCCUCAAGUGAUUCUAUGCACUUGGGACAUAUGGUUCCAUUUGUGUUCACCAAAUGGUUACAGGAUGUGUUCGACGUGCCAUUAGUCAUUGAGUUGACUGAUGACGAAAAAUUUUUAUUCAAACAUAAGUUAACGAUUAAUGACGUUAAGAAUUUUGCCCGUGAAAACGCCAAGGAUAUCGUCGCCGUUGGCUUUGAUCCAAAGAAUACCUUCAUCUUUUCCGAUCUACAAUAUAUGGGUGGCGCAUUCUAUGAAACUGUGGUAAGAGUCUCCAGACAAAUCACAGGUUCUACUGCAAAGGCCGUUUUCGGGUUCAAUGACUCCGAUUGUAUCGGUAAGUUCCAUUUCGCAUCUAUCCAAAUUGCCACUGCGUUUCCAAGUUCAUUCCCCGAUGUUUUAGGCUUGCCUGAUAAGACACCAUGUUUGAUUCCAUGUGCCAUCGAUCAAGAUCCAUAUUUCAGAGUUUGCAGAGAUGUAGCGGAUAAACUAAAGUAUUCAAAGCCUGCAUUGCUGCAUUCCAGGUUUUUCCCGGCUUUGCAAGGUUCUACUACCAAAAUGUCAGCCUCUGAUGACACUACUGCCAUUUUCAUGACCGACACACCAAAGCAAAUCCAAAAGAAAGUCAACAAGUACGCAUUCAGUGGAGGCCAAGUCUCUGCUGAUAUGCAUAGAGAAUUGGGUGGUAACCCCGAUGUCGACGUUGCAUACCAAUACUUAUCGUUUUUCAAAGACGAUGAUGCUUUCUUAAAAGAGUGUUACGACAAAUACAAGUCUGGUGAACUGCUAUCAGGUGAAAUGAAGAAAUUGUGUAUCGAAACUUUACAGGAAUUCGUCAAGGCAUUCCAAGAACGUAGAGCUCAAGUGGACGAUGAGACUUUGAACAAAUUCAUGCUACCACAUAAGCUGGUCUGGGGCGAAAAGGAAAGACUAGUCGCACCCAAGCCAAAGGUCAAGCAAGAAAAGAAGAAAUAA